AUGGCUGAAGAACUUAGUAUGUUCGACAGUAGUGAGGAUGAAAGUGAUUUUGAGGGGUUUUUAAUCGACGAAACGGUUGAAGAAACAUGGCCUAUUGCAGCGGGAACAUCUGCGGUUUCGUGGAGAGACAUAGCGGGCGAUUCGGACGACGAUGAAGAGGACUUCCACGGUUUUUCUGACAUCGAAGUUCAAGAACUCGACAGCGAUAGUGUGAGCGAAAGUGGAAGCGAGAUAAGUAACGAUAGUUUUGAUGGUAUUUUUGAAUGGAAAGAUAAUUUAAGUAGUGUUAGUGUUGAAGACUUUACUGCCGACUUUGGUCCUCGACAUAGCUUGGGUUUAGAUGCUUCCCCUAAGGACUUUUUACGACUUGUUUUUCGGCGAUGCGUUUUUCAAUCUCAUUGUGCAUGCUACAAUUUUGUACGCCCAUUCAAAAUGCAACGAUCCCAAUUUUACAACCGACCGCGACGAAAUGUCUGCAUUUUUUGGCUUGAAUAAACAAACUUCCAAAAAUCCGGUCAUACUGGGAUUCAAAUUUAUUUUUAGGAAAUGCCGGCUUUAAAACAAUGCCUUCAAAACGUUUCCAGAUUUUGAACAAGUAUUUUCAUAUUUCGGACCCGCGGCAAGAAACCCAACUUACAAAAAUUCGGCCCUUUAUUUCAAAGCUCGAAAAUGCUUUUCAAGAUGUUUAUGUGCCUGGAAAAAAUAUUUCGAUUGAUGAGGGUUUGAUUAAAUUUAAUGGUCGUUUAUCUUUCAAGCAAUAUAUGCCUAAAAAAAACGAAUAAAUUUGGUAUCAAAAUUUGGAUGUUAGCCGAUUCUGAAACUUACUUCGUGCCGCGCUUUCAAGUUUACUUAGGUAAACAACAAAAUGCCGAUGAAAAUGAUGCGGAAGAGGCGCAAGGUGUCGGUUUUAAAGUUGUCGAUUUCCUGGGAAAACCCUACUAUAAUACUUACCGUCAUUUCUAUUUCGAUAACUAUUUUUCCUCGGUUCCUUUACUCGAACAUUUGCUUGAAAAUAAAACUUACGCAUGCUCGACCUUGUGCCACAACAGGAAAUAUUUUCCUGCUGAUUUGAAAAAAAUAAAACUUAAGCGUGGAGAAAUGCGAACUCGACAAAAUGAAAAUUUAGUUUGUUUGACAUGGCAAGAUAAACGUUUAGUCACGAUUUUAUCGACCAAUGUCGAUCCACAGCCCAAAGUUUUCGGCCCUUUAGAUGAACGCACUGGAAAAAGGAAAGCUGUUCCCGAGGAAGUGCGAGAAAAACCCGCCGUCAUAUCAUUGUAUAAUAAGUAUAUGAACGGUGUGGACGUAAACGACCAGUGUAGGAGCUACUACCCUGUAGGAGCUCAAUCUAAAAAGUGGUGGAAAUAUUUGGCUUGGUUUUUUGUGAAUAUUUCAAUUGUAAACGGUUUCAUAUUACAAAACUUGCAGACUGAUCGACGCCGUCGCCUAAAACAUUUAGAUUUCCGUCUUGCUUUGGCAAGGCAACUUAUUUCGACCUAUAACGGCUACCAAAAGAUUUCUAGUGCUCCGAGUGGCCGUAAAAAAGAUGUUCCAGUGGGUAGAAAUGUUGAGGGCCAUAGUUUAGUGAAGUCUUCAGAGCGAAAACGAGCGUGUGGGAUGUGUUCGAAAGCGGGAAGGAAGCGUGCGUCGGGAAGAACGUUUGAAAGCAUAUAUAAGUGUGCUCAGUGUAAUGUAAAUCUUUGUAGAGAGCGAGCUUGUUUUAUGGAAUGGCAUCAAUAA